UCGGAUUUUCUAUGAUUAACAUUUAACAUGCAUAAGAAACAUACAAAUCACAUAUCCAUAGCUUUUAAUUACUUUCUUAAUACGCUGCGCAAACGACGUCGUGCCAUCAUCUUAAGACAGAAAAACGUCAAAUCUGAAUCUCUUUCUUUCGCUGUCCGAAUCCGACAGAUAGACAGAGGAGAGAGAGAAGGCGCGAACACACAGAGAGAAGGAGACGAUCCCAAGACAGACAAUGGACGAUCCUUCGAACGCAAAAUCCAACCAAUGCCCACCUCCGACGUCAACACCCUUCCGGGGUCCGUACCACCGGCGAGCUCACUCAGAGGUUCAGUUCCGUCUCCCGGAAGAUCUAGAUCUCUCCGAACCGUUCGGAGGGUUCGAAGACCUCGGAUCCGAGGAUGACCUCUUCUGCUCGUACAUGGACAUCGAGAAGCUCGGAUCCGGAUCCGACUCGGCUGGACCCUCCGCUCCGAGAUCCGAUAACCCGUUUCCCGAGGCUGGGGACUCGAGGCCUAGGCACAGGCACAGCCUCUCGGUUGAUGGUGGGUCUUCGACUCUGGAGUCUAUCGAGGCGAAGAAAGCCAUGGCUCCUGAUAAACUCGCUGAGCUUUGGGUCGUUGACCCUAAGCGUGCUAAAAGGAUAAUGGCUAACCGACAAUCUGCUGCUCGUUCAAAAGAGAGAAAGGCUCGUUAUAUAAUGGAGCUCGAGAGGAAAGUCCAGACCUUGCAAACCGAAGCUACCACCCUCUCAGCCCAGCUCUCUUUGUUCCAGAGAGACACAACUGGUUUGUCAUCAGAGAACACAGAGCUCAAGCUUCGUUUACAAGUCAUGGAACAACAAGCCAAGUUGCGAGACGCACUCAACGACCAGCUGAAAAAGGAAGUAGAAAGGCUCAAAUUCGCCACCGGAGAAGUCUCACACGCUGAUGCUUAUAACCUCCAAAUGUCACACAUGCAAUACUCUCAACAACCACAACAACAAUCCUUCUUUCAACAUCAUCAUCAGCAACAACAACAAGCUGAUGCUCAAAACUUGCAACAAAUGACUCAUCAGUUUCAUCUCUUCCAGCCUAACAACAACCAAAACCCUCAGCUUAUGCACCACGCUACUUCUAACUCCUCUGGUCAAUCUCAUUCCUUUGCGGAGGCAAUGCAUGAAGACCAUCUUGGAAGGUUACAGGGGCUUGACAUUAGCAGCUGUGGCAGAGGUUCGAACUUUGGUAGGUCUGAUACCGUCAGUGAAAGCAGCAGCACCAUGUGAAGCUUGCCCUUUGUUGAUAAACCUUAUUCUUUUGCUCUCCCUUGACCGUCGUCUGAUUCAUUUUUUUUUAAUUCUGUAAAACUGGUUUCAAAGUUUCAAUUUAGAGACCACAGGUGUUUUAACUUGUCUGAUUUCUUCUUUUCAUGAUUCAUCUGUAUGUUAUCUUGCUUCCUUCACUAGUUGCUUCUUCAAUCAUCCUUGUAAAUGGUGGUUGUAUUUGGAUUUGGCUUUACCUCAAACCAGACAAGAUAUUGUUUUGUUUUACAA